AUGACCACAUUAAUAGAAAAUUGUUUCGAUCCUAAUGAACGUAUCGGUAAAUUCAUCGAUAAUGGCCGUUUAGAGUUAACUAGUAUCCUUGGUAUAGGUGCUUACGGUGUGGUCUACUCUGCAAAGCAUGUCAAUCGACGCGCCUAUGCUGUAAAGUGUAUGCCAAAGAAUAAUUUAGAUGCGAGACAGCGAAGAUUACAUGCGACUGAGAUAAACCUUCAUGCUCAGGUUUCUGGUCAUCCAAACAUAAUAAGUUUGGAAAAUGUUAUUGAUACUGAUGAUUCCUUGAAUGUUGUUCUCGAAUAUUGUCCUGAAGGUGAUCUAUUCUCUAUGAUUACCGAAAAAGGUGGUUAUCUUGGAAAUGACCAUCUUAUCAAACAAGUUUUCGUUCAAAUUCUGGAUGCUGUUCAAUAUUCUCAUUAUAACGGUAUCUAUCAUCGUGAUCUAAAACCUGAAAACAUUCUUGUUUUUGAUGGUGGAAGAACUGUUAAACUUGCUGACUUUGGUUUAGCUACUACUGAUGUCUGGUCAAAAGAUUUCGGUUGUGGUUCUACCUUUUAUAUGAGUCCUGGUGGUCUUAAUAAACAAGUACGAGGUUACGCAACUGCUCCUAAUGAUGUUUGGUCUUUAGGUGUUAUUUUAAUUAAUAUUACUUGCGGUCGUAAUCCGUGGAAGCAAGCUUGUCUUCGUGAUGAAACCUUUUCCAUGUAUCUUCAAGAUCGCGAUUUUCUAAAGACUAUACUUCCACUUUCGGAUGAGUUAAAUGAUAUUUUAAAGGACAUUUUUAAUCCUAAUCCUGAAAAGCGUAUAACAUUAGAUGAACUUAAAGAACGUAUAUUGGCUUGUGAACAGUUUACUGUAUCUGAAGAUGAUGUAAAGACUACUCAACAAGAUGAUGAGUUUAUUAAUAUUUGUGAUAUGCCAAUAUCAACUGUUGCUCCACGUGAGAUAUGUAACUAUUCAUCCUCGAGUUCCUCAGCUACUGCUUGUUCUUGGUAUUCAAUGAAUAGUGAGAUGGAUUUCUCCACCCCUCCUUCAGAAUUUUUAGUCGAUUAUGACCGUUGUUUCUCCUCUUCAACGAGUUCUUCGUCUUCUCUGUCCACAUUAGCAAAUAGUCAACCUGACUUGAUUAAAUGUUUUAAUCAUGACUUAGGAAUCAGUUUGAAAUGUGGUGACCUUAUAAUGGAUGAUCAUAUCCUUCAAACUGAUUGCAUAUUUUAG